AUGUCGUCUACAGUACAGGCUCGUGCUCGAGAUAAUCCAUUUGAUGUGGCACUAAGAGAUACCAACAACGAUCUGACCAAACUACAAGCCCUCUAUCACAAGCAUCGCUGCACGAGAAAUUCUCAGCAAAAGACACUUAUCCUCGAUUCAAAUUUUUCGGGGUGGAGCUUGGAUGCCGUGUUGAUGAAGCUAGAGGGGCCUGCUCGAGAUCCCACCUACAAAGACCCGCGACAAAAUGCCAUUGUUUGGGCCCGACCUCCUCAGCCAGUACAAGAUCUGGUUGAGAAAAUCCAAAAGAAUAUUCAGAAUGUUGCACCCAAUGGAAUCUGCCCAGGCCUCUGGAUGAUGCCUCGGGAGAACCUACAUAUGACCUCCCUUGAAAUCGCCCAUUCCCUGACCAAAGAUCAACUUGAGGAGCUCUUUGUGCCUCUGCAUCAGGGCCUUUCACAGAUUGCGAACUACACCUACGACCACCGGACUCGGCUAGUGAAGCCUUUUAUUAGCUAUGACCGGUCUGGCCUGGCCCUGAGCUUUCUUCCGGCUGCCGGUGAAGGUCUUGCCCGUUCCACGCGCACAGCCGACGACGAUAAAUACACAUACCAUCAUCUCCGGCGUGACAUCCAUCAGAUCGCGGUGGAUACGGGGACCCCGAUCCGAUCCCGCUACGUCGUUCCAUCUGCACAUGUUACCAUCGCUCGGUUUAUUACGAACAAGGACUUUCGUUUGCAGGGUGAGGAACAUGGUCAAAUCGAUACGCAGAAAGUGAAAACCUUCAUAAACAAGAUUGAGAGCCUAAAUGCAUGGCUCCAGGCCGAGUACUGGCCUGAGGAUUCUCAUUAUUCUAUCAAGAAGGGUGGUGAAUGGCUGGUGGGAGAGGAGCGAGGCCUUGAUUGUCAAAAGGGCCCAGUAUGGUACGGCCAUAAUCACCGAGUGAUGGUCGGCCGAGGAUUCCCACCAAACCAGUUGGAGCGAAGGGUUCAUGUCAAGGCAAGGCUUUAG